AUGGGGGUCACGACGUUCCGAACCUGCCAUGGUGAGGGGAAGAAAGAAAGCCCAAACUCCUUCAGAAGUGGUCUCGAUCAUGACCCUGCCGGCAACAAAUCGCGCCCCAUGGUCCAUGGAUCAACCGGAGUGACAAGAGAGCUGCCGGAGCUCCCCAGCCUGCCAGGCAACCUCUGCGAGGCGUUCGUUACGAACUUCAUCGGGGGAAAGAAGAGGCUUAAAGCAUCAACUCAUCUGAACAACAUAGUUCAAAAGGUUGGAGAACUCCUCAAGGAUUACAUCAAAUGCUUCAACCUUGAAGCCAUACAGGUUCCGAAACACUCGGACAAGACGACACUAAAUGCUAUUAUGCAAGGGUUCAGAGAUAAGCCCUUUCUCUUUUCCCUAGACAGGAACCCUCCAUCCACGUUGGUCGAGUUCAUGAACCAGUCGCAGAAAUAUAUCAAUGCCGAUGAAUCCAGGAUUUUUCAAGAAGCAGCCCAAAACAAGAAUGCCUCGAUAAAGGAAUCAACAAAAAAGGAGGCCGACUCGACUAAUGCCAAUAAGAAGUGGAAGGACGAUUGCCCUCAGGACCAGCGCAAGUCGAGCAAACGACCCGACAGUAAAUUCACCACUUACACCCCGCUCAAUAAACCUCAGGAGCAAGUCCAUAUGGAAAUAAAAGGUGAACGCUUCGUCAAUUGGCCGAACAAGUUGCGAGGCAAUCCUAACCGACGAAGUAGGAACAAGUAUUGUCAUUUCCAUCAUGAUCAUAAACAUAAUACGAGUGACUGCUACAAUCUGAAGCGAAAAAUUGAAAGACUCAUUCGCAAAGGUCAUCUUGGCGAGCACAUGGACCAAGGAGCCGAUAGAACCGUGACUGUAGAAAAAUGCCUGAGUAAUAACCGACCGACAGAAGAAAUCCAAACUAUCGUUGCGGGCCACAAAGGCGGAGGUGACUAG